GUAAUUGUCUCUCUCAAGCAAUCCAAUUCAUAUUCCCUCUUCUCUAUAUAUUUUCCAAACGAAAAACCAAAUCCAAAGAAUAAAAGAAAAAUUGUUCCAAGGGGAAAAAAUGGGCUUGUCUCCAUCCAUCUUUGAUCAUGAUUGCUACUACAAUCAUCAACAACAAGAAGAAGAACAAGAGGAAGACGAGGAAGAAGUGUACUUCUCUGCGAUCUCAAGCGACUAUGACGAUGAAGGAGAAGGAGAAGGAGAAGUAGAAGAUCUCGAUGAGAUACUAGCAGAGGAGUUGCAGCUGCAAGAGAUCCUCUUUCAAGAAAACUGCCAUCCACAGUUCUUGAUCUCAUGCACCAUCUGCAUGGACUCAAAGCCACUGCACCAGUUCAUGGAGAUCAGCUCCUGCCACCACAGCUUCUGCCUCUCCUGCAUCAACCGCUAUGUCGAGUCGAAGCUCGAUGAGAACACGGCCAUGAUCAGGUGCCCUGAGCCAGGUUGCAGGGAGGGGGCUCUAGAGCCCCUCAGCUGCCAGUGGUGGCUCCACGGCAGCACGUUUGAGAGGUGGUGCAGCAUCCUAUGCCUCUCCAUGGUGAAGGCCAAGGUUUACUGCCCUUACACUGAUUGUUCAGGGAUGAUGGAAGCUGAUGGCCAUGAGGCCUUGAGAGAGGCAGAAUGCGGGCAUUGCAGAAGAAUGUUUUGCACUCGAUGUAGAGUACCAUGGCACCAAGGAAGGGUGUGUGGGGAUUCACAAGAGGCGAUCGAGGAGGAGGAGAAGGAUGUGUUGCUGAGGGAGUUAGCGGCGAAGCUCAAGUGGCAGAGAUGCCCACAAUGCAGGAUCAUGGUAGAGAGGAUUGAAGGUUGCAGGUUUAUGAAAUGCAGGUGUGACUGCUGUUUCUGCUACAUUUGUGCAUCUCCAAUGUCUCAGGAGGAUCAAUAUUGCUACAACUGUAAGGAUUAAUUAAAUUAUGACAUUGUUCAGUCUGAAAACUGAGAGAGAGCUCUGUGACAAUCUAUUACUUGUUGUUGAUCCAUGGAUUGAUGUAACAAAUACUAGUGUUUUGCAGAUUGUGC